AUGGCCGAAGUCCGCACCGAACUCUACGUCAGGAGAACCCUCGUUGUGCCAGCCAGUGUACCAAAAGAUGGUGAGCUGUCCAGUCGCAAAAGUCUCGCCGGGCCUUUGAGAUUAUCCGUCCAUGAUUACUCGGUUCUCGAUGCGAACCCCGAUGGCGCCACCUUCGUCCUCACACAUGGCAAUUCUUACAACAAAUAUUUCUGGGAGCUUAUCAUCAAUCUCCUUCUGAAACGGCCGGAUCUCAAGCGAUUCAUCAAGAGGUUUAUCGCUAUCGAUGCAGCAAACCAUGGCGAUAGCGCGAUGCUGAAUCGAGGCGUGCUGCCAGUCGAAGCAUGUUGGCACGAUGUGUCUAGAGACAUUCUCAGCACGAUAGAAUAUGUUCAGGCUCAAAAGCCUGUCAUUGGAAUUGGCCACUCAUAUGGAGGAGGAGGACUAUGCCACGCAGCAAUGCUUGAGCCAACGACCUUUCUUGCCACUAUUCUAGUGGAACCGAUUCUUUUCGCGAUGGAAGCGGAGACAAAGAUGGUUGUUCAGAUGGCCUUACGGCGUCGAGACACAUGGAAAUCAAAGGCGGAUGUCACGGCAGCUUUUCAAAAGAGCAAAGGGUUUCGAAGCUGGGACAGGCGACAAUUGCAAGUCUACCUGGAUCAUGGAAUCUAUGCUGAAGAUCCCAACGACCCCUCGUCACCCGUGCACCUUGCGACCCCCAAAGAACAGGAAGCUGCCUCCUACAUUGCAGCGCCGCAUCCAGUCAUCCUUGAGCUUAUCGAAAAGUCCAAGGGCCGAAAUCAUUUCAUCUGGGGUGGAAACAGUGAGGUCGUCAAUCACGAGAGACAGGAACAUGUCGCGCGACUGAUAAAGCCACCCAGUACAUCGCAGGUCAUGGCGGGUGCCGAUCACGCAUUGCACAUCAACAUCGACUGCGACAUCAUCGUCGUCAUGGACUCCGACAAGCAGCAAGACAGUGCCAAGGCAUCUUCUAUUGAGGUCAUGACCACCACAGAUCGUGUUGACCACGGUUCUAAGAAGCCGGAACGCCGGCUAUCGCAUUCGACCGACGCAUCGAAGAACAGCAACAAGAAGUCGGCGGAAAAGCGAGCAGAUGAUCGAGCAAGUCCAGAUUCUGCAGAGCAACCAGCGAAGAAGAUGAAGAGGGGGAAGUACAUUUCAAGAGCUUGCACAUCUUGUCAACAGCGAAAAGUAAAGUGCGAUGGCGGCGAGCCGUGUGCUCAAUGUAUCGCCCGGGACCAGCCAUGUGUCUCCGCGCCAAAAGGCCAUAAUUCACAUGUAGCGAUGGAACAGCGAAGCCGCACUUUCAGUGUAGGCGAGGUCGAUGCAGUGCGUCGUGCAGGUGGCAGCACCGCGGGGAACGCCAGCACUAUGGAACUGCUCGCUCGCUUGGCCGAAGUGGAGCAUCGACUAAACAUGAUCCCGACAUCCAAUUUCGAUGCCAUGCUGUACAAGAACGGCCAAACGUUCGCGGGUGAGAUCUCGAUGAGCCCAGGCCUUCAAGGCAUGGAUGACGACAUGGAUAGAAUGGCCGCGGACUCAUCCGGGAUGAUGGCAGAAUAUCCAUCUAGGUCUCCGAAUCCUGCGUUAGACAGUUCUCCGCGAAAAAUUCGUGCCUGGUUGGAGGCCAUUCUCGACCAACACGGCGUCGUUGCUGAUGAAGAGGCCUGGAGACGAUAUUUGCACAUUUUCCUUGAGGAAAUCCACAUCCUGUACCCGAUACUGCACGCGCCUACUCUCUGGGAGACUUUCAACGAGAUGUGGGAGUACUCCGCUCUAUGGCCUCUCACGAGCUCGGCAGAGCGAGAACAGAAGCGGAUGGCUGUGGCUCUUUCUGCUGGCUGGACUUUAUACAGUGUUGGUAUGAGCCUUCUUCAAGACUCAACAGAAAUGAGCAACACGGCCGCAAAGUCACUUUUAACUCUACAGAUGCUCUUAAUCCGGGUAAUCUACCUUUUCCGUCUCGACGCUACGCAACGGGCGACCCGACUUCUUGCCCUGGCAGUAUCCAAUGCCCACAUCAUUGGUCUACACCGACAGAGCACCCUCGAAAACAUGCCUGCAGUCGCCAGUCAAAUGUAUACGAGAUCGUGGUGGUCUAUUUACGUACUAGAUCGACGUCUGGCAAUCGAAUCCGGCCGGCCAUACCUAAUCCAGGACAGCAAUGUCGAUACAGCACUGCCUCUAGACCUCAGCGACGCAUGGCUGACUCGUUUCCAGUCGAGGCCCGAGAAGAUCUCACAACUGCAGAGAGAGGUGGCACUCGAGCUUGCCAGCGAGCCGAUUACGGCGAUUCCGUAUAUAGCGGCGAUGGUACGAUACUCGAGAGUCGUAGGGAAGGCCUGGGAACUACUUUACGGUGUCAAAUCCGCAAACUCGACAUCGUCUCCGAUGGUGGAGUAUGCCGAUACAGUCUUGACUGAUCUCCUCGACACAUUGCCUCCAUGUUUGACAUAUGACCUCAACAUCCCGAAUGAGGUGCAAUUUGCAUCAAGGCUGCGAUGGCAGGUCAAACAGACUGUGCUACUGUAUACAUGCACACAUUUCCUCCGCUUGCUCAUGCGACGGCCGUUUUCAUCUCACGUACGACGUUUUGAUCGAGCCGAAGACGAUGAAGUCGAGUGUGCUACAGUCUGUGCCAGUCUCGCGGCGAGAAUACUGAACGUACACGAAAGCAUCCAAGACGAUACUCUCAAGUACUGCUUCCCAUUCAGCCAUUAUCUCACGAGCUCAACAAUGAUCAUGAUGGGACUUUUCACACGAGAACCCAGCUUGAAGAGACGUCAUCGAGCCACAGUUCUAGCUGCGACUCGCUCGCUCAAUACCUAUUGUCACAGAAUAUGGGUGUCCGGAAAGAUGAUGCGCUGGGUGCAGAAGCUGACGUCCCUCGUCCAGCGCACAUUCAAGGAGGGAGGGACGGACCGCGAGUCAUCACAACGACGGGAUAGCGUUUCUCUUAAUCAAGAGGUCAGAGGAGAUGAUAUGCAGCAACUGACGCCGCAUUCAGACCAGGCCAUCGAGUCUGAGAAUGGCAUACCAGCAGACUUUCAGCAAACCAGACUUUUGAGCGGCUUGCAAGCGGGGAAGCAAGCGCUUGGUGGUUCCCCGUCUUGGAGUUUUGGUACAGACGGACAAGGCCCAAACCUUCCAGACUGGGCUAUGUCGGACUUUAACUUCGAAACCAUCAUAGCCGGAGAGGGUUCGGUUCAAAGGGCCCUCCAGUCUGGAGAUUUGGCCACAAUACCGGAGAAUGGAUCCUCCACAAUGAAGAUCAGCAACAUUGAUUUGGACGAGAGCAUGUUUGGUUCUCUUGGUCCGAAUGGAAUCUUCAACCUUGACAUGGACAUGGAGCAGGCCACUUUGGGUCUUUUUAGCCCCGACAUGUCUAGGUAUGCGUGA